AUGCCGCUGUACCAUGCCUGCCCUGUCGGCGCGGAGAACAGAGAGCGGCGGUCUGUUCAAGGUUCACUCCAGGCGCCAGCAGACGCACUCGCAGGAUUUCGUAGGCUGAAGGGAAUCCAAGAUGAGGGCUUUGGCAGCUGCGACCGGUUCAGCACAUCUCGCUGGCUGAGCGCACCGUUGCUGAUUGAGGGAGAAAUUAAUUCUCGCAGCGAGCCCCCCACUGGCCCCCAGUCGAGGUGCUGGAAGUUGCAGAAGGGUGGAGAAGAAGGUCUGGAGGCAGCGAAAGCCUCUAUUGAGCUCGAUGGCAGGUGCCACGGAGGGAGGCCGGGUCUGCAAGUUGGGCAAAGAGUUGCUGCCGGAAAGAAAGCAAGGCUUCUUCCUCCAUCCUUGCCUUCUCCGGGGGAAGGCCUGCAAACAGAAAUCGAUGGGCACAAAGAGGCACCUUUGGGAUGCAACUGA